AUAUGAAAGAAAUCUAUCACUGAAAAGACUCCCAAUUGGCGGGUCAGCCGUAGAAAAAAAAAAACCGCGCGCUAAGAAACCUCGACGGCUCGAGUGGCGAAGACAUGGUGACACUGGUGGUGGCGACAAGCGCUGAUCCUGCCUCCAUCGGCCCGGCCUCUUCUCUCUUGGCUAUGCCUGGCUGGCACCCCGGCCCCUCUCUCCAGGAUGCUGCGAGUUAUACGAACAAGGAAGUGAGGCUUAUAAAGCUCGACAAGCGACUCGUCGUAGAGAACCAUCUGGACAAGCGUUGGGAGGAAGCCACCGGCGAGACUGUCGACGACGUCGUCUUUCUCAGCAAACAUGUCGCUUCUUCUAAUAGACCUGCCCUUACGAUUCACCCCAUAGGCACGCCGCACCUUCGUGAAGUUGAGGCUUUGACCGCUGGCGGAAAGCCGGGAUGGGCUGCACCACCUAACCCACGGAUUGGUCCGUGGUUUAGACUAUUGAAGAACAUCGCUAAUUCACAUAAUUUAGUUCCUGAGUUUGAGGUCACAUUGGAGGCUACUCAUCAUGGUCCUGAAAUCAAUUCACCAACCAUGUUCGUGGAAAUUGGUAGUACAGAAGAGUAUUGGAAGAGACAGGAUGCUGCACAAGCCAUUGCUCUGUUGGUAUGGGAAGGACUGGGUCUUGGAGAAAGAAUUGCAGUUGGAAACUGGAGCAGGGACAAUGAUAGAAACAAAAUCCUUCUUGGUAUAGGUGGUGGUCACUACGUACCUAGGCAUAUGGAUAUUGUUCAGAAAGAUGGUGUUUGGGUAGGCCAUAUGCUGCCUGGGUAUUCUCUGUUGAUGGAAGAUCCUAGAGAAGCAAAAUCACUAACAAAUUCAGCUGUUGUUGGUGGAACUUGGAGGGAAACAAUCAGAGUUGCAUUUGAGACCACCAAAUUGGCUUUCCCUGGAGGAGAAGUUCUAGCACAUCUAGAUCACAAGAGUUUUAAGGGGUGGCAAAGAAAUGCAAUUAUAAGGUUCUUAACAGAACAGAACAUAAAGAUUGGCAAACCGAGUGACUUCUGUCCUUGUUAAUAGCUGUCUAUCGCUUGUUCUUGUAACUAUACAUUAUUGGAAGUGUGGCGACUACAUCCAGGUAAUCUCCUAUGGAGGUUUUAACUAAUUUCAGGUGACUUAGUUGAGUUCAUAAUUGCUGAACCCACGAGUUCUGAAAACCCCAAAUAAAGGGUGACCCCAAUUUGCAACUAAA